UCUCUGCUGGCCACAUGCAAGCAUACGAGUUCAAGUUGAUUCAUUCGGCUUUGGAAGCUUCAGCCAUGCGGACAGGGCGAAUACUUGUUAUGCUCAUUUCUCUGGGCCUUUUUGUUCCCUUUGAGGCAGCCAAGUGCAAGGCAGCUCCCAAAUCUGUGCAGAAUGUACACAUUUGCUGUUCAGCGCCCAUGCCCAAUUGGGGAGUCUACAAUCGUGACUGUAAUAAUGCUGGCAGCCAAGCGAGCGUAGGUAUUUAUGGUUAUUUAACUCUAGGCCAAUUAAACCCCUUUCCACAUCUCCAUAUUUAGUGCCGCCUGGCCUGCAUCUUUAAUGCCAGCUUAGCCAUGCAGGGAACUCGGCUUGUCCAGAGUCGGAUUCGACCCAUGCUGGAGCGUGCAUUUGCCAGCGAAGCCACCAUUGAUGUCUAUGAGUCCAACUUUGCCCGGUGCUCUUCGUUGGUCAAGAGCAAAUACCAAGAAUUGGCCCCACUGAGUCGUCAGAGUGACGCCUGCGACAGACACGCCCUCUUUUACAGCCUCUGCGCCUACGCCCGGCUGAUAUUUACCUGUCCGGAGAAGAUGUGGCAGCGGAACAACAAGAUGUGCCAGGAGGCCAAGACUUAUGCAAGAUCCUGCUCCUGGCCAGCACUAAAAAUGUUUAUGCAAAACACUUAACAAAUUCGUUUCAUGUAAUA